AACAACAGACAGCUUGGUCAAUAUAUUCAGCAGUCUGAUGUCGCAACAUCGCCUAGAAUAUGCCAGCUUCACAAACGAUCAAUGAUUGGUUAAGUGCUUUUAAAGGUGAUAACAGAUAAGAGAUUAACCGGAGCUGAGCUAAACCAGUACAGUUGGCCUCCCACGUAAACAAUCUGAUAAACCGUCAUCGCUGCGCGGGAUUUUUCGAGAUAAGGACAUCCACUGGAACAAAGCUCGUCCUGGGGCAACACCAUGCACGUGUCUCUCGCUCUGACUGCAAUCCUGUUCGGAGUUUUAUCCUCUACCCCGAAUGGCAGAGCUUUCAAUCUGACAAUUGUCCACACAAACGACAUUCAUGCACACUUUGAGCAGACGAACAUUCAUGGAGGCCCUUGCUCGGGGAAGGACGCAGCGGCCAACAAAUGUUAUGGCGGCUACCCCCGUAUUGUGACCAAAGUCAAGGAAUACCGGAACCUUAAACCCAACAAUACCAUUGUCAUUGAUGCCGGUGACCAGUACCAAGGAACGCUGUGGUUCUACUACUUCGGAGGAAAUGUGACCGCGGAGUUUGUCAACUUACUCAACUACGACGCAAUGGCGUUGGGCAACCAUGAGUUCGACCGAGGCAUAAGUGGGCUACGCCCCUUUCUGGAGGAAGUCACAGUACCCGUCCUCAGCGCAAACAUCAACGCAAGUUUGGAACCAAGCAUCCAGGGGCUGUUCCACAAGAGCACCGUGGUGACCAUAGGAGGUCAGAAGAUCGGGGUCAUAGGCUACACCACCACGGACACCCCGUCAAUAUCAAAAACUGAAAAACUGAUAUUCGAUCCCAUCAUUCCCCACAUGAAGGCGCAAGUUGACGCCAUGAAGACUGGUAUCAACAAGAUUAUUGCUCUUGGCCAUGCCGGCUAUCAGUUUGACCGGAAGAUGGCGCAGGAGGUGGAAGGCCUGGAUAUUGUUGUCGGUGGCCACAGCCAUUCUUUUCUGUACACAGGUAACCCCCCAUCAAUAGAGAAGCCCGUGGGACCGUAUCCAACCAUAGUAACACAAGCCUCGGGGCAAAGGUCCCAGUGGUACAGGCCUACUGUUACAGCAAAUUACAUUGGGCAUAUAGAACUGGAAUUCGACGACGAUGGAAAUGUUGUGGCAUGGGAAGGGCCAAUACUUCUAGAUAAAGACACACCACAAGACGUGUUAUCCGUGCUACCAUUCAUGAACGAUAUCGACCGGAUCAAGCUGAAGGGAGAGUUCCUUCUGCAGGCCUUGGAACAUUCCGUGUCCAGGUAUCCGAAGUCUGAAUCUGACGACCUUUUGGCGGCUUCUUACAAGUUUCAGGUACGUGUUAGUCUGUGUUUGGUAGUGGCAUAUGACGUCAGCAAACCAGUUGGCAGCCGAGUGGUUGAUGUCAAAGUACGCUGUUCCAACUGCACAGUUCCCAGGUUCGAUCCCCUUGACAAAGAAACGUUGUACACCAUUGCACUGCCGACCUUCACAGCUGGCGGGGGCGACGGCUACACCGUCAUACGCGACAACAAGAUACAAAUGCCACCAAUUGGGGCUCUUGACUCGGAUGUAUUUGUCAACUAUGUGAAGAAAUUUCCCUUGACCCAGGGUGUAGAAGGCCGUAUUCGUUUUGUGACGGAACCAGAUUGUGGCGUGAAUGGUGGCGUCGUAACUUCCGCAAAGCUGUCAGUCAUCGUUAGUGUGAUAUUGAUACUUAUGUGUAAUUACCUUUAGUUGAACCAAGGUGCAUUCUCUUCAGUGACAUUGGAAAUCCUGAGAAAACAUGAGGCAACAUGAGUGUCACAAAUGUAUUUUACUAAACCGGAAUUCCUCGUUAUUUGAAUUGUUUUGUUUACUUUUUCCAGUUUCGAAUUUCCCUCGUUAUAUAGUUUAUAUUUGCGUAAGUUGAUUAUUUUCUCGUUACUUGAAAUCAAUUUGUCCUCGGUGCUACGACUAUUUUCUCGUUAUUGCAAUAAAAAUUGUUAUUAGUUUGUUAGUUUAAGAUAUGAGAAAUUUUGGGUUGAAAUUUUAUGAUGCCAAAGAAACCACUAGGCUUUUGUCAUUCGAACCCAUAUAGACCUUCUUCGGUUGCAAUCGUUGGAACGUUUGUAGAAAACGUCCAAUCGAACAUAACCGACCAAGAAAAUCUCGAUCGAAGGAACGUGUGCGUUGAACAAUGUACAUUUGGUAUGUUUCCUGGUCUAGUGUCGAAAACAUCUGGUGUCAUCUCGCAUACACAAUGGCUUUUCGAAGAGUUACAUAUUAAGCACAUCUCGUCAGGUAAAUGUAUUCCAGUUACAAAGAAUCCCUUUAGCUACGAAUGAUACAAUGAUCUUCAUAACAAAGCCUUAGACGGAAACGUCAAUAAAGCUAUAUCUAUUACUCGAACUGUGUAUAUCUUGAGGUAAGUACAUCAGUAUAAUGAUACAUCAACUGACUCAAGCAGAUUGAAAAGUUAACGUUAAUGUUCAUUCUGAUGUGUAUCAUUCAUGCUUUGUACAUUACCGUCGCUACUAUGUCCAUGUGCUGUCAUUCCCUAAAUUUGUGUAUGAGCAUAUAGAUUGUUACCAUAUAUAUCUGUCGAUAUCUACAUCUGAAUACAUCACUUUAAUGGCCUGAGACAGCUAUGAACAUGUCUAUUUGAGAAAGUAGAUACGGAUGCCAAUAACACUCGGUUUUGCUUUCAAGGGUAAAUCUGAGUUUACAUAUGGACCAUUGUUAUGUUUAUUCAAUGUUGAAUUUGAGAAGAAGACAAACACUGAAGAUGCAUUUGCCGCUGAAUCGCGCUAAAUCAAACCGAUCCCGAUCACGGCCCGGUUGCACAAAACGAGCUCAGUGCUAUGACUGUUUUGAGUCUGUAGUACAGAGAGCUUGGGACAUUGUACACAGUGCUAGUCAUUAUUUUCUUUUCAAAAGUCGAUUAUUCUAAGACAGUCUUAUAAUGACUGAGUGCGGCGUAAAAUAACAAUCGCUAGACUGAAGAUGACGUGUAUUUGCAUUCUGUAGACACAUGAGGUUUUGUGAUUAAUUGUAUCAUAAAUUCAAGCAUUUCAAACGCACACAUUUCCGUUGUCUGUAACAGUUCAGAUUUGACUUGAGUUUUACACAAUAUCAUUAUUUUGUUAGUUGUACAGUUAUAUUUUUCAUUAAACCCUUAAAUUAAAGAAAAAACGUGCCACAAACAUGGAAGGGGGUGGGGGGGGCUGAAUAGUCAAAAAUGGUUAUAUCAUGAAAUUCAAACAGUUUAAAUGAGUGAGUGGGUCUGGUUUUACGCCGCUUUCUCAAUAUCACAGUUGGGGACGCCAGUAAUGGGCUUCAUGCUUGUGGUGAAUCAAACCCGCGCGUCUUCAGCUUGAGUAGCGACCGACUAGGCUAUCCCACUGCCCUAACGUAUGCAUGAACUCGGCAUAAACGCACAUGAGACAGAAACAAUAGUGAAACAUAUACAAAAUGGAAUUGUGAGCGGAUACAGCAGUGAAUAGUUUCUCUUCCUCUUUAUGAGAGGGGCGGUGAGGUAGCACAGUGGUUAAAGCCUUCGCUCGUCACGAAGACCCGGGCUCGAUUCCCCGCAUGGGUAUAAUGUGCGAAGCCCAUGAAGUCCCCCGCCGUGAUAUUGGUGGAGUAUUGCUAAAAGCGCCGUAAAACUAAACUGACUCACUCUUCCUUUUUAUAACUUUGCUCAUUCUAUUUGUAGCAGUUGAGUCUGAGGGUUUAAAGGUAAUCAUAUGGAACAUUCAUGCAAUUCUAAGUUUGUCUGCAGUUGUCUGUAACAUUAUGGUAUAUGGGUUUUAUAUUGCCAGUUGUAUUCUGAACCCCGAAAUUCACUAACCGUGUUGGAUAGAUUUGGGACAAUGAUAAGACGGAGACACUAAGACAGUGUGUGCGGAAUCCUGUAUCUCGCCUGCCACAGCUGACCUCAGCCAAGCAAAACACUGUGCCUUUCUUGAUAUGACAUUCUGAAGGACACAUAUUGUGAUCAUAUUUUUAUACCUUUAAAUUUGAAUUACCAAUGUAAUGUUCUCAUUCUAAUUAUCCACCUGAAGAAGGGGCAAGAACUGGCCUAGAAACACCGUGGUAAACAAAUAAAGAAGCCAUUAUCCAUAAGAUUUCUCUUUAUUACUACACCAAUUUCUAAAUGCCUUUGAAGAAUUUCACAUAUAUUGUCAUCGUAUUUUUAUACCUUUAAAUUUGAAUUAUCAAUGUAAUGUUCUAUUUUCAAUAGCGUGAAUAGGACUUUUGAGUAAUAGAAUUUAUGUUGUAUGUGUGGUAGAUAUAAUUUCAUAUUCCCGAUAACGUAUUAGUAUUUAAACGUAUUUGAACACCGAAAUGUGUGCCUUCGUUAGAAGGUUUACGGUAGUCAUGACUAUGUGCCUGUUCGUGACAAGACAACCUCGGCGGCCAUAUGGCCUUAAUGGGCGACUACGCACAUUUUGUGUGGAGAUGGCGUGUUAACAAAUUCUACAAGUCAAGGAGGUUAUCACACAGAAGUCUGAAACAGUCUGUAAGUAGAAGACAUAAAGUGAACUGAAACUAGUAUUGUUCAUAUUGUUUAGUAUGCCUGUGUUCAUUAAACAGUUUGGGAACAUUG